AUGCCUGGGCAACGUGUGACCGAUUUUAUCCACAGUAAGAAUGAUGUUCCGCAUAACGUUGUGUCUUGACUAUCCCAGAUCACUCAGACCAAUAUCUUCGUCUUUGGAGAGGAUGCAGAUCAGGGUAGGUGGUCUGUCCUCUGCUUCGAUUCCGACCUACGCACGGCAGAGAAAGUCGCUGACAUGGAGAUGCGCAAGCACGCCUCCUACACUGUCAACGGUGAGAAUGUUUUUGUGAUUGGGGGAUGGACGCCGCAACAGUCUUCCUUAGCAACUGUCAAAAAGUUCCUUGUAAGAGAACGGCGCUGGAGAGACCAGGCACCUCUCUCCAUUCCACGCUGCACUCACGCAGCCACAGCCGUAAGAGCAGGCGGUGAGAAGACGCUGAUUGGUGUAUUUGGCGGAUACAACGGGACACACCUCCCCUCCUGUGAAGUCUACGACGUCAGUUGGGACAGGUGA